GAUCAUCUUUCAAAAUGGGGGGCCUUUGCUUGCCUCCACAUCCAACUUCCAAUAAAUUGGGAGCAGAUGCUAGGAAAGGAAUGAAGGGUUUCAGUGAUCAGGGAGAUGUGCAUUCACUGAAGUUUCUCUACAACCAUCACCUUCAAUGGCGGUUUGCAAAUGCCAAAGCAGAGGCCUCCAUGCACUACCAAAGACAUGAGAGCCAGAGCAAACUUUAUUCCUUUGCGCAACAAUUGUCAGAUCUACGCAAAUCUGUAAGCCAGAAACACGCUGAAUAUAUUUGGGGAUGCCUGGCACAUUUGCUCACGGAAGUUCAUGUUGAUAUAAAAGAGUUAGGAGAUGCUCUUAGUUCAUAUACAAAGGUGAUGGAAAUGAUCGGUUUGCAAAUUCAGAACUUUAUGCAAAAGGCAGAAGAAACAGAAAGUUUAAUCUCUGAACUAUUUAGGGUAAUUGGAGGAGAGAAAACUCUUAUAGAAGAAUGGGGGGAUUUAUUAAUGAAGACAUAUAUCUCGCAGGAGUUUACCGGGGCAGAUGAUUAAAAUGCACCAGAACAACCUUUAUCAAGUUCAGAAAGAAUGAAGACUCUUGUCACUGUUGUGGAAAACUAUUCGCGCUAGACUUCUCUUGUCAAGUGGGGAGGGCGUUCUCUGAGUAAAUCAUUUGCAACAGUGCGAAUGUCAUGUGCAUACUUGAGAUGAUCUGCAAUAUCAAUUUUUUCCAUGAGUUUCGUUUGUAUAACAAGUAAGAGUCUUUGUCAACAACAUUGUAAUAAAGUUGUGCCUUUGGGUCUUGA